AUGUUAUCCUCAGUCUAUGAACGGCUUCCGGAGGUGAUGGCGCAGCGCCCACCCGUGUCCUCGCAGCUGAGGGACUGGGUCGCGAGGCUCAAGCACGACUUGACCCAAAGGGGAGUCGCGGACGAGCCCUGGGCCUUGGCGGACGAGGUCAGGGAAGAAGCAACGGGGGAGGUUUUCUUGGGCCACGCCAGAGUCGCUGGUUCCUGCCCCCGCCCCGGAUUGGGGGACGUCCUAGACGCCCUCUCCGCGGCGCCCAUCACGGCAGCCGACGUCGGGCGCGGAGGGACGCAGCUCAAGCUCUUCCUCACCCUGAAGGGGGGGCAGGCCGCGGUCUUUAAGCCAGAGAGGAUUAAUCACGGUCAGAUUUCCGACAACGUAUACGGCGGGCCAGAUCGGCACGAGGGAGAAAUUGCUGCAUUUCAUCUCAGCAGACUUUUAGGCCUCCGGAUACGCUACGGCUGGCCGCUCCGUGUCCCUCAAGCGAGAGGUGCUGCCCGUGUCCACCCAACGACUGAGCAGCAAAUUCUACACUGGCAAAGAUGGGAACACGAUGAAAAUUUUUGCAAAGAUGUGUUGCAAAAUGAACAUUCACAAAGACUGUUGCAUUUGAUGGAUUUAUCGGUUUUUGAUUUCCUGAUACAGAACGGCGACAGGCAUAACUAUGCUCAUUUUACAGGGUUGUCUGGCUCUCCCGUAGUGCUGAUAGAUAACGGCAAAAGUUUUGGCGAUGCCGGUGUUGAUUUUAUGGAUAUUCUGGCGCCAGUGUUGCAGUGCUGCAGGCUGCGCCGUUCGACGCACGCGCGGCUGGUGCUGCUGAGCGGCGGCGGGCUGUCCCGGGCCCUGAGGGAGCUGCUGCGCCUCGACCCGCUCGCGCCCGUGCUCGCCGACGCCCACCUCCGCGCCCUGGACCGCCGCCUCGCGCACGUCCUCGCCGCCCUCAGCGCCUGCAGCGAGAGGGAGGGCGGAUGGCACAAUGUCCUCUUCUGA